ACCACACACAGAAGACAGCGGCCAGAGAAGAGGAACUGAAAAGAAAGAAAACGGGGAAGAAAAAGGAGGCAAGCAGUGCACAGGUCUAGUGGAAAAUGGCGGAGGCGGCGUGCUCGACCUCGGGCACGUAGCUCACGCGCAGCUCACCGUUCCCCGUCGCGCUCUCCAGAGACCCCGCGCCGCCGCCGGCGACCACCAGCUCCCCCGUGCGGCGGCUCCGCGUCUCCACCCGUCUCGUUCUCCCGCUAGGGUUUCCCCCGAUCCCCAAUCACUAGUUUGCGAAUGGCUUCAUCACAGCAUGUUGAAGUGGAGGCUGCGAAGCUACUUCAAAAACUCAUUCUGGAAUCAAAGGAUGAGCCCGCUAAAUUAGCAACAAAACUUUACGUGAUAUGUCAACAUAUGAAGUUAAGUGGAAAAGAGCAGUCUCUUCCCUAUCAGGUCAUAUCUAGGGCCAUGGAGACUGUCGUAAGUCAACAUGGAAUUGAUAUGGAUGCAUUGCGAUCAUCACGAGUUCCAUUUGCCGGCGGUCCACAAGCAGUAGAUUCUAGUGGCGUUAUGUCUAAGGACAAGGAGAUCAUUGGUGGUCAGUCUUCCAUGGUUGGAAGUGAUGCAUCCCAGAGCAGCGGUCAAGCUGCAUUAUGGCAUUUGCCACCAGGUUCAGCAGAUAUGGCAAGGCCUGGGGUGUAUAUUCCAGGCAGGGUUCCAGCAGGACAAAAUAGGGGCGAUGUCGCAGGAUCUGAUAUUCAUCAAGGCUCCAUGUCGCAAAAGAGUGGCAGGUCCUCUGGAGUCGAAAGCCCUGCAAGUCUGCAAAUGGAGGACACUAGAUCUAUGAAUUCACAUGAUUCUUUGAAGUCUGAUGAAAAAACAAGCAAGAAAGCUUCCUCUUCCAAGAGAAAAAGGAUGGAUUCAAAAGCAGCAGGGGAUAUGCAAUCUGAAGAAAACUCAAAAUCAGAUGGUAUCUCAAGUGGACAAAAUAUUAGAAAAAGGAAACAGGUUGGCAAAGCUGGUGCACAAGGUCAGCCCUCCAGGGGAGCUGAGCCUGAGCAAUCACAUAUACUGCAAGGUGCUACUGCUCAGGUGCCACCCUUACCUGGUGGUGCAUCAUUUUUCAGGGCUCACCAGGAAGGUCCACCAGCUUCUGCUGGGAGGACUAUUGACAAUACUAAACCAUCAAACCCAUUCGCAAUGUCACAAGUUUCAAAUUUUGCUGAAGGGCUGGCUUCUGGUAGUAUCCCCACUGAGUUGCAGAAAAGUAUACUGGGAGGAACAAAUAUGUUUAACACUGGUUUUGGCUGGAAUCAGAGUUCACAAGGUUCAGCUAUUAAGAAUACUCAAGGUUCUGUUGCCAACUUAAUGCGGCCAGGAGUUAAUGUUGAAGGGAAAAUUAAUGUAGGGUCACAAGGAGCUUUUAACCCUACUCCCACAUCGCAGAUGGAUUUUCCCAAAAUCCCUCCUUACAUGUCUUCUUCCUUUGGAGGUGGCUCACAGUUUCUGGACAAGGGCAAGGACUCGGCUUCUGGCAAUAUCGGCACUGAACUUCAUUCUGCUGCUAAAGUUGGAGUUAACAUGGGGAUUGUGCAUGGCAGUCCAAUGCAAGAAAGGCAAAAUAUUACCAGAGCACCACAGAGGGCCGAAUCAUCUUUGCAAGAAGCCAGAUUGUCUUCGCUCCCGAAUAGAAAUGUUGGGCCAUAUCAAACGUCUCACAUCUCUCCGAACACACCUUUCAAAGAACAACAGUUAAAGCAGCUCCGAGCACAGUGCUUAGUAUUUCUUGCAUUCAGAAAUAAUAUGCAGCCCAGAAAGGUGCACCUUGAAAUUGCCUUAGGUGGAGGCCCCACUGCAGAGGGUGGCGGCGCAGGUCAGGGAGGUAACGAGAGCAGAGUGGCUGAUGGUUCUGUAAGGGAAAACGGAAACAGUCAGGAAAACUCUGCUAUUUUCGGCAGCCAAAGUGAUAUGUCUAGACUCCCAUCCACAUCCGCAGGCAGCAUUGCAGAGGCUGAUUCUUCACUGAAGGACUCGGAAAUUAAGAAGAAGAUCAAUAUAGCUGAACAUGAGAAGUCAUCGAUGGAAAUAGAAAAUAUCCAGCAAGCUGUUAUGCAGGGAACUGGUUCAAGUUCUGAAAUGCGCUCCCAAGAAAUAGCAUCCCCUGUGCCAUCUGGACCACAGCAGUCAUACUUUCAGGGAGAUAAAAGAAGAAAUGCCCCUGAGACCUACAGGACGGAUGCAGAAAAUUUGAACAGGAAUUUAGGUUUCGGAGGCCAGGGACCAUCUUCUUUGGGUGGUAAUAGACAACAUCCAAAUUUUGAAGCUGCUGUUUUGACCAAAGAUCGAUUACAGGAUGAAGCAUCUAAAGAAUCAUAUCCACCUUCGAGGCUUCAUCACAUGCCUAUCGAUGGUUACAGCUCCAAUUUACCAGGAAAGGAUCUAACUCCAGAUACAGAUAGAAAUGAAGUUGAACAUUGUACCCAGAUGGGGGAGAUGUCUGAUCGAUCAGCUGAUGAAGGAGAUGACGAUCUAUUUGAGCAUGAUGAUUUUGCAUCAACUCCUCCAAAAUACACAAUGACUGAAAAAUGGAUCAUAGAUUAUCAAAAGAGAAAAUAUGGAGAAAAUGAAAAGAAGGUAUUAGAGCAGCAGAGCGCACAUAAAAGGAUGUCAGCAUCCUAUCAGAAGUUAAAGGAAAGUGUUAGUUCAUCUGAAGAUCUUACUGCAAAGACAAAGAGUGUCAUUGAAUUGAAAAAGCUUCAACUUCUCUCACUUCAACGUCGUGUGCGCAGUGAAUUCUUGUCAGACUUUUUCAAGCCUAAUACAGCUGAUUUGGAGCGUGUAAAAGCAGUAAAGAAACACCGGCAUGGACGCCGUGUGAAACAGCUUGAAAAAAUUGAACAGAAAAUGAAGGAGGAAAGGCAAAAAAGAAUACGCGAGAGGCAAAAAGAGUUCUUUGCUGAUAUAGAGUCUCACAGAGAGAGACUGGAGGAUAGUUUCAAGGCUAAAAGAGAGCGUCUAAAGGGUUUCAAUCGAUAUAUAAAAGAGUUCCACAAGAGGAAAGAGCGAAUUCAUCGGGAGAAGCUGGAUAGGAUUCAGCGGGAGAAAAUUAACUUGCUUAAGAACAAUGACGUCGAAGGGUAUCUUAGGAUGGUCCAGGAUGCAAAAUCUGACCGUGUUAAGCAACUACUACGAGAGACUGAGAAAUAUCUACAGAAACUUGGGGCCAAAUUACGAGGUGACAGCUCAAUGGACGGCCGUUCUUAUGUUUCUGGUAAGGGCGUCACUGCAAACGAUGUUGAAGACGAGAGCUACCAGCCACAGAAUUAUCUUGAGAGCAACGAGAAGUACUAUCAGUUGGCCCACAGUGUGAAGGAGAUUGUAAAUGACCAGCCUACUUAUCUUAAUGGUGGGAAGUUGCGGGAGUACCAGAUGAACGGUUUGCGUUGGCUGGUUUCAUUGUACAAUAAUAAUUUGAAUGGAAUUUUAGCUGACGAGAUGGGGCUUGGUAAAACAGUUCAAGUAAUCUCUUUGUUGUGCUACCUUAUGGAAACAAAAAAUGACCGGGGCCCAUUUCUUGUGGUUGUACCAUCCUCUGUUCUUUCUGGAUGGGUAUCUGAACUCAACUUCUGGGCACCUAGCAUAAAUAAAAUUGCUUAUUUUGGUCCUCCAGAAGAAAGGCGCAGACUGUUCAAAGAGAUGAUUGUUCAACAGAAGUUCAAUGUCCUUUUGACAACAUAUGAGUACUUGAUGAACAAACAUGAUAGGCCAAAACUAAGCAAAAUACAGUGGCACUAUAUAAUAAUCGAUGAAGGGCACCGUAUAAAGAAUGCGUCUUGUAAGCUCAAUGCUGAUCUGAAGCUUUAUCGGAGUUCUCAUCGGCUAUUGCUGACAGGAACACCUCUGCAGAAUAAUCUUGAGGAGCUGUGGGCACUUUUGAACUUUCUGUUGCCUAAUAUAUUUAACUCAUCCGAAGAUUUCUCUCAGUGGUUUAACAAACCAUUUGAAAGCAAUGGUGAUAACUCAGCUGAUGAGGCCUUACUUUCAGAGGAGGAAAACUUGCUGAUCAUAAACCGUCUUCACCAAGUUCUUCGGCCCUUUGUACUCCGAAGACUUAAGCAUAAGGUUGAAAGUGAAUUGCCAGGGAAGAUUGAAAGACUUGUAAGAUGCGAGGCAUCAGCUUAUCAGAAACUUCUGAUGACAAGGGUGGAAGACAACCUUGGUGGAAUUGGAGCAGUUAAGGUCCGCUCGGUGCACAAUUCUGUCAUGGAAUUGAGGAACAUAUGCAACCAUCCAUACCUUAGCCAGCUUCAUGUUGAGGAGAUUGAGGGUCAUCUACCUAGGCACUACCUGCCAUCUAUUGUGAGGUUGUGUGGGAAACUUGAGAUGUUGGACAGAUUGCUACCCAAACUCAAAGCUACUGGCCAUAGGGUUCUACUUUUUUCUACAAUGACAAGAUUGCUUGAUGUGAUGGAGGAUUAUCUGGUAUGGAAAAAGUAUCAGUACCUUCGGUUAGAUGGACACACUUCUGGGCAUGAGAGAGGAGCACUUAUUGAUAGAUUUAAUGAUCCUGAUUCUCCAGCUUUCAUUUUUCUGCUAAGUAUCCGAGCAGGAGGCGUUGGUGUCAAUCUUCAAGCAGCUGAUACUGUCAUCAUAUUUGAUACUGAUUGGAAUCCUCAGGUUGACUUGCAAGCACAGGCUAGAGCCCACAGAAUUGGUCAAAAGAAGGAGGUUCUUGUUUUACGUUUAGAAACUGUCCGAACUGUAGAAGAGCAAGUCAGGGCUUCGGCAGAACAUAAAUUAGGCGUUGCUAAUCAGAGUAUAACUGCUGGAUUUUUCGACAACAACACAAGUGCUGAAGAUCGGAGGGAGUAUCUUGAGUCACUUCUACGUGAGUGUAAAAAGGAAGAAUCAGCUCCAGUGUUAGAUGAUGAUGCUCUGAAUAAUAUUCUUGCCCGCAGCGAAGAUGAGAUCGACAUAUUUGAAUCUAUUGACAAGCAAAGACUAGAUGAUGAAAUGGCUGUAUGGCUAAAGGUUGUUCAGGAUGGUUCAGUUAGUGGGCUAGACCCCUCAGUAUUGCCACCCCGCCUUGUGUCUGAUGAUGAUCUGAAGCCCUUCUGUCAUGCUAUGAAGAUUUACGAGUCUUCAAAUGUAAAAAAUGUGAAGGUAAAUGUGAGGAAGAAGGGCGAGCUUGGCGGCCUUGAUACAAAGCAUUACGGAAGGGGAAAACGUGCUCGUGAGGUCCGGUCUUAUGAGGAUCAAUGGACCGAAGAAGAAUUUGAAAAACUUUGUCAGGCUGAAUCUCCUGACUCACCUCAACCUGGUGGUGUAUUGAAGGAUAUAGAUAUCUCUAAAGAGAGUAAGUUGGAGGUACCUGCAGAAAGUUCAAUAGACCCAAAAGAAAGUUCAAUAGAUCCAGUCGAAGCCAAAACGGUGCCAGUCCUGGCUGUUCCGGACUCCUCACCACCAGUCCCGUCUGUUCCAGACUCCUCACCAGCUAAGCGGCGAAGAGGUAGACCUAGAAGGUCAGACGUUUCAGUAUCUCCUGUUAUGUCCCCAGCAAAAGCUGUCCAACAAGAGGCAGGAACUACACUUGGCAGUUCUGCACCAGCAAGUACCAUCGAUUCUGCAGCACCAACUGCUACCAUCCAUUCUACUGGUCCAGAUGUUACCACCCAUUCUGCUGCACCUGUUGCUGCCAUCAAACCAGAUAUUGGUACAGAAGUUAAGGCUACUGCUUUUGUUGCUGCUGUACCAACUGCUACCAUGAAACCCGAGAUUGGUACUGAAGUUACGGACCAUGUUGUUUUGGAAGGGUCUAUAGCAAAGGAAGUUGGUCCGGCGGUAGAGAGCGGUCAUGACCCAGUAGCUGCCAGUGCAGCCCCUCAUCCACCAGCUCCUGCUACAUCUAGAGGCAGAAAGACCCAAGCAGUUGAAACCCCUCGCAGACGAGGCCGAAAACCAAAAUCUCUUUUCUCAUCUAGUGCUGGUGAUAUUAAUAUAAACCCUGUGGUUGCAAUUGGUAGUGGACCUGCUUCUGUGGGUUCUCCAUAUCCUCAAGGGGAUAUGCCUGCAAGUCUCAUGUCAAGAUUUCAGAAGGAUUUGGUUACAGGUAGGCCUGUUACGUCAUUGCCAGAGGGAGUUAAGGGCAUCUCCGCCCCUGAAAGUACGACGCCUGUUGCCGAAGAUAAACACACUGGAACUGCAAUAAGCUCGGACAAUGCCAACUUACUAAUGCCAAAGAUCAUUCACAAUGAAAAUGUUGGAUUUGUUCAAGCGAGCUCUGAGCAAGUUUUUUCUGCAUCAGUACCUACUUUAACUGCUGUCUCAGGUGGAAUAUUGAAAGCAUCACAUAUUCUCUUGGCAGAUAAGCCUGCCGAGAAGCAAAGUGCUUCACGCCGUCGCAGAAAGAAAGCGCCUGGUGGUGAGGAUACUGGAGUAAGCACUAGGCAAAGAGCAGCUAUGAAGAAAUCUGAUGGUAUUCCUGGUACCAAUGACAAUGUUGGUGCGGACAUGAGCACAGCUGAGAAGCUAGGAGCAGUGAAUGUAAAAGAUGGCAGUUCACUUCAAGAUACUCCCAAGGAAUUACCAAAUAUAAACUCUCCUCCAUAUGACAAGUCUGGGUAUGACUCUCAACCAAGAACACCUAUAGCAGUCCCCAUUAGUGAAGCUGCACUUCCUAGUGGUUCCGGUAAUGCCCAUGUUGCUUAUUCUGAUAUAACUCCUAGGAUACCUACCAAUCCUGAUGGUCAAGAUAAACCAGUAAAUCUGCACAUAGGAGCACCUCUAGCCGCAGCCUCACAACCUCAAGUGCCAUGUAAGACAGGGAACGACCAUGUUGCAGUGUGUUCUGUGGUCACUACCACACAUUCUGAAACGGUUACUGAAAAACCAUUGCUAAAUCCUGUUAGUGAACUAGCAAAUGUCCAGGUCGAACCACCUAGUUCUUCACUUAAUUCAGGUAAAAACAUCAGUACAGUGCCUUCAGAGGUCAAUAGUGUCGCUCCCAGUAAGGCAUCAGGUAGGAGGAGGAAAGGUCCUGCCUCUGAACCACGCACCAGAAGUAAAGCCGCAACAGCUGCAUGUGAACGUCGUGCUCGACUAGCUGGACCAAAGCAGACAGGUGAUGCGAGAAAAUUAGAAAUAUUGGCAAGCCCAAGCACGGCGGUUUGUGUUUCUUCAGUUGAGCAACAGGAAACCGCCCUGGCAGAGCCUCCCACCGCUUCUGUCUGCGAACCGCAGAAGAAUGCUGAGAGUCAUGUACGUGGUGGAAUGUCUACUCCGAUGGGGAUACUAGAUGCCCCAAAGCAAAUUGCUACCCAGUCAAUUACAGCAUGUACUGAAGAAACAAAUAGCAGUCUAAGCACUCAAACUCCUGCACUUCCCAUAUGCAGAGAAAGUAAUCUUUCCAUGGGUGACAAGCAAGGUGUUGGAGUUUAUACCAUACAUGGACAAACAAAGAUGGUUUUGGCUGCAGAACUGGCAUCUGCAAAUGAUGAACAUAAGCUGCAUGAAGUACAUGAUAAGACUGCUGAUGGUAAUAUACUCCAACACAGUGCUGCAAAUGACACACUCCAGGAUAAAACUGAUAGCAUUGCUGGUUUGGACCUAGCCUCUCGUCAUAGAAUUGGUGAUUUGGAAAUGGAGAAGGGUGAUUCUAAUACAGUGAUGUUACCAGACUGCCAAACCCCUUUUGAUGCCUCAGUUAAGGAUAUUAAGGAUACUCUUGCCCCCACAGAAGCUGAUGUCAGUGAUCUGCAAAGUGAGGCUGCUGCUAUUGAUGUGACUAGUCCUAAGCAAGAUACUAUGGUAGUUGAAGCACUGCACACUAAUUCCGGAGGUUCUGCUAGUCAUCUGCCUGCUGCUUUACAAUCAACGGACUCAAACCAGCAUGCAGAACGGAAAGGAAGUUCAGAGAACAGUGGCUCUAAAUUUUUUGCAUCUGGGAAGAAAACAGAGGAAAUGGAAGGAACUUUGGAUAAGAAUACGGAUAACAAUCUUAUUCAGGCAAAUGCCGAUAUAGCUUUAGGAAGACAUUCUCCUUCAGAGGACAAAAGAGAGGACAGUUGUGCCCAUGUAGUUGAUGGUGGCCUGUUGGGAAGCAAACAAACUCUUCUUGAAGUCGUUUCUGCUGUAAACACUGAUGGCUCUGAGGAAGCACUCAAUGCUUCGUCUACCCAUUCGAAUAAAGAUGCCACCUCGGUUUGUGAAGUAACAAAGGAUCCUGAGAGCCAUGUAAGAGUGUCUGUACUGGCCUCUGCUGCUAUGAACGCUCGUGAUGACUGUGAGGAAGUUCACAAUGUUCCAUCCACCCAUUCUGAUAGAGGGGGCAGCAUGGUAGAAGUUGAUGCGUCUAGAGAUGAUGCUACCUCUAUUUGCGAAGUAUGCAAGGAUCCUGAGAGUAAUGUAUCUGGUGAGUUGUCGAUGCCAGUAGGGUUAGCGGAGCUCGAGUUAGAACUGCCAAACCAAUCCAAAUCUUCUAGCCAGUCAAGCGCAGUAAAUGCUGAUGAAACAAAGGCCAGUAUCAACAUUCAGACUACUUCAUUGGUAGAAUCAGGAGAACAAAAAUCACCCAGAAAUGGUGCACAUGAGUUGAAAGAAGGGAUGGAGUUGGCCGGGCCUAAGAUUGAGUGCACAAUACUAAUGCUGAGUCCCGAUGAUAAGAGUUCUGAGGCUCAUAGUUUGGCACAACGGGAGAUGGUUUCGGGUGCAGAACAAGCAUCUAUGAAAGAUGAUAAAAGAAACAAGAUGGUUGAUGUUACAUUUUCGUCUGGUGAGGAACAAGAAAUACAGCGAGCUGAUGUAGACUUGCCCACUUGUCCAAGAUAUGCAGAUUGUGAGGGUGAAAAGGACCAUUCCCCUAAAACUAUUUUGGCAGGCAGCCAAUCUUUUUGUGAAGCCUCAGAUAAGGACGUUGCCCCAGUGAAAGAUGAUCACACUGAUCCGCAAAGUGAAGUUAAUGUUGUUGAUAUGAAUGGUGCCAACCAAGACUCAGCUGAAACCGAAGCUAUGCAGAUUGAUGGUGUCUCCAAAGGAUCUUCAAGUGAUUUGCCUGCUGCUUUACGAUCGACCGAUUCAAAUCAGCCGGCAGAACAAGAUGGAUUAGAGAAUAGUCCCUCUAUAUCUGCUUGUCCGAAAGAACAUGAGAAAUUGGAAGAAACUUCUGAUGAAAUUGGUGGUGGCAAUUCCAAUCGUAGUCGGACUGAUGGUGAUUCUCAUAUUAUGAAUCUAGUUGGUUAUUCGGAAGACUCAGAUGAGGACAAUUCUAUCCAGGUAGCUGAUGUUGGUGAUGUGGGAAGUAAAGAAACUACUCAUGAUGGCAUCUCAGCUGUCCCUAGAGGAGCAGAACCAGGAGAUGGACCCUGCACAGAGCCUACUUGUGAAACUGCUGUUCAUGUGCACGAAUUCAAUGUGGACGUUGCUAUUUCUGAGGAUGGUCAUGGCACAAUGGCCCUUGGCAGCGUCCAAGCGUCUACGACGGAACUAAAGGAUUUGGAGAGUGGAAGAUGUCUAGAACAUGGAACAGGAACCCCUGUGGCUCUUCAGGAGGGAACUGCUGUCGCUGCAGAACCAGAAGCAAAGAAAGAGGUCGACGAACCUAAAGAUGUUGAGCCGGCUGCCAUAAAGCCAGAGGCGGUGGAGCAUGAUGGUACAGAAGCCGAUCCAAGUAAAGAAGCAUCUAUACCUCCUCAAGAGGAAACCACUGCUGUAGCCUUGGUUACAGGACCGGAACAAAAUGAAGAAGCAGAUGCACCUACUCAAGUCAAACCAGUUGCUGUUAUACCUGGUACGGGACCAGAAGAGAAGAAAGUAGAGGCAUCCACCCAAGAGGAUAAUGCUGAAGCAGUUGCCGCAGAGCCAGAAUCUGCUAGAGCCCAGGAAAAUGCGGAAGCUUCUACUCAGCCUAGUCCUAUGGAGAUAGAGUCAGUUCAGGAAACAGCUAUGCUGGGAGAAGCUGAAACCAGGCAGCAACUGCCACUUCCGUCUGCCGAGGGUGUGGUGGCCGAGGCUAGUGAACCUCCAAGCAUAGAGGUGGCUGCUAUGAAGGAACCAGAGUUGCUGAGCACUGAACCAGCACCUGACGGUGAAAAUGCGAAGCUUGGAGAAGCCGAAGCUGAACAGCUGUUGCAGCAACCUUCAUCCUGCGAGGCUAUGGCAGUCACAGGAGAGCUUCCUAGCGCAGUCGGAGCGAAAACGGAUGGAACUUCAGACGUGGCAGCUGAUGAGUCUCCUGCUGUCGUGGGAGAGGAGGUGCUCAACACUGAAACUGCACCUGAUGGUGAAAAUCCAAGGCCGAGCGAGGCUGAUACGGCGCAGUCGCCACAUUUGCCCGAGGAGGGCAAGGCCGUUGCAGCUACCGAGCCUGCCAACCUUGAGAAGGCGGAGGCCAAUGAUGGAAAGUAGUUAGUGCGCAAAAAUGGAAGCAGAUGUUGCGUUGAAGAACAUCUGCCGUUAGAUCAGAGAGAGCAUGUUUGGGCUGAUGAAACUGAGAAGUACCUUAGACUUUAUGCAAGUGUUGUAUGUAGAACAUAAUUAAGAAACCUGUUGUAUUCAGAGGAGUUGUUGGUACAUAAGUUAUAACUACCUUGUCGCUUUGCAAUACUAGUACCUUGUUGGACCUGA